CAGUUUCGCGUUGAUCGUCGCGCGCUAAUGAACGUUUGCAAUCGAACGCUUGGGGCCGUUUGUGCGUGGUACGGUGGCGAGAAAUCGUCCAUCGGUGGAUAGAGUGUCGAUAAAGUGCGUGCGUGAUCGUGUGGUGGAAUAACAGUGAGUGAGGCUUCUGUGGAGAGAUUAAUCCGCAGAAAAACCAGCUGCGUAAUGUGACGAGAUAGUGAAAGAUGGUUAGAAAGUGUGCAGUGAAAACACACACAACCCCAACGGUGUGUGCGGGCGCGAAACGCCAUCAGCGAGUGUGGUAUCCUUGUGAAGUGAAGUGUCCCGAAUUAGGUCCCGUUCGAGUGCGUUUUCAAUUUUUCCGUGCUAAAAAAGAGCCAGCUGGCACCGGAACCGGAACGGAACGGAAAAAGGCUGCCGUACGAUGGUGCUGAGCGAAGGACAGCUGGCACUGUGCACCGUGUUCACCCUAUGGUUGGGCGGUCUACCGUUGAUGUACUCACCAGCUCCGCGCGGUGACUGUGAUAAUUGCUGUCCCAUAAGAGAACCAAAGGAUAUACAGUUUUUCCUUUUCACAAGAGAAAACCCGGACACCGGUGACACAUUGUUCGUGUCGGACAAGAAGCACCUGCGGGCGUCCCACCUGAACCGCACCAAUCCGCUGGUCAUCUAUCUGCACGGCUUCUCCGAGCGGGCACCGGGCGGUACCGGCGAAAGCAGCAAGCAGAUGAAAGAUGCGCUGCUGGCGGCGGACGACUACAAUGUGGUGCUGGUAGACUGGAGCCCGCUGACCGCGCUGCCGUGGUACGUCAACUCGGUGCAGAAUGGGCCGCGCGUCGGACGGUACAUUGCCCGGUUCGUACGGUUUCUGGUGCUGUCCGAGUUUCCGCUCGAGAAGAUACAUCUGAUCGGGUUCAGUCUCGGCGCGGAGGUGGCCGGAUUUGCUGGCAAAACGCUCAACGAAUGGGGUCUAAAGCUGCCUCGCAUUACCGGUCUGGAUCCGGCCUUCCCACUGUACGUGUUCGAGAAAGCUUCCCAGCGUCUUAGCCCGAAGGAUGCGGAGUUUGUGGACGUCAUCCACACGGACGGUGGCCUGCUGGGCUAUCCGUGGCCACUCGGGCACGUGGACUUCUACCCGAACGGGGGUGUCCCGUUGCAGCCCGGUUGUGCCCAGCAGGAGCUGGCCAAGAACCGUUGGCUGGGUGUAUUCAUUGGCUGCAGCCAUGCCCGUGCCUGGCAAUAUUUUGCCGAAUCACUCACCCGACCCCAGGCGUUCUUGUGCGAGCGUUGUGAGCUGAACGAAACGACCGGUGGAUCGGCAGCGUCACGAUCGUCCCGGGACACGGGCAACUGCACCAUGACGAAGGACGUGUUCAUGGGCAUGUACACCGACCGUACGCUGCGGGGACGGUUCUACCUGAGCACGAACCCGCAGCCCCCGUUCGGGAAGAACCUUAUGCCGCAGGAGGCACAGCAACUGCAGAAACGACAGCUGCAGCAGCGAAAAUCUUAGCAUGCCAAAACCUGCGCCCAGCUUCCCGGUGGUACGCGGUGGAAGCCGGCGCGCACGAUAGCGUUUAGGUAGGUUUUAUGCAAAUUAAUAAUAAAUUUAAUGUUUUAAACGAC